AUGCAGGUGUUUGAUGAAGAAGGCAGCGAUGUAACUCCACAGCCGCUGUACCAGGCAGACCCAGGAACAACACAGAACACCAUCAGCAGGCUCUUGGUUGAUGAAUGCUCUGUUGAGCAGACAACAGCCACCGGGAGCUUCACCAUGCCUUUUUCCAGGUCAGUAUUUGGUAGCAGCAGAAUAUCCAGCCAGUCUAUCUUUGAGUCUGUGACCGAGGAGAUAGAGGAAACAUUUUCCAAAUGGGACAUGCCGGUGUCCUUUCCAGCUGAAAAAGGAAUAGAAGAUGCAGUGAAAAACGAAGUCACAGAAGACACGCUGAAACAGAUUGCACAAGUUGUUGUAACUGAAACAGACAGUCACUCACUGCUGUACAUGCCCACUACCUUUGAGUCAGUAUAUGCUGAUGAUGCAGAAGCCAUCAUAGAGAGAAAUAGCUGGUAUGCUGAGGUUUGCAGGAAACAAAGUGACAACCAGUGUUUGGAUCAGUCUAUGCAGACAUUUAAUGGACCGACUAAAAACAAGCAGCUUCAGAGUGAUGGCCAUGUCAUGGUAGAUGCAGCCACAGCUGUUUUCAUCCUGGACACGUUUGACAGCCCUGAACAGGAAGAAAUAGUGGAUCAAGUGGAAAGUCUUGAAACUAAGAAGAUGGACUCUCCUGAAAGUGUGAAGGACUCAAACAGAAGUGCAGAGAGGAGUUCGUCAUUGGUCAGCUCAUUCAGUACAGUUAAUGCUUCUAGUUCACUGAAGAGAGUGGAAGCAUUUGGGGACAACUUAACUGCUCAGCCAGACUUGGAGUUGAUGAUGUCGGAGAAAUUUCAGCACUCUGUAUUUGUAAUGGAAAGGAGCAUCCUGCGCAACAACUUCAAAACUCUGCUGACAGCCUGCAGACAGCUACCUCUACUCAAAGAUCCAGAUAGACGUGAGGCAGAAGAGCUAAGUGAAGAGGAUACAGAUAUCUCCCUGUCUCCUGCCUUGAAAUAUCUGUGGGCUUUCAGCAGUGAGCUCACCAGAGGGUACAGCAUCAGCUGCAUGGCCUGGAACAAGAAGAACCCGGAACUGUUGGCUGUUGGAUAUGGAGAGUUUGACUUAAGAAAUCUGAAGCCAGGUCUGGUGCUAUGCUGGUCUCUUAAAAAUCCUGUGUGGCCUGAGUGUACCAUCCACUGUGGUAGCACAGUGACUUCUUUGGAUUUUUCAGUCAGCAGCCCUGGUCAGCUGGCUGUGGGAAUGUGUGACGGCAGCAUAGCUAUCUUCAGUGUGCAGAAUUCACAUAUCGAAACACAUCUCAUCAGUACCAAUGAAUGUUCUAACAGGCACUUUGGUCCAGUGUGGCAGCUCAAGUGGAACCAACAGGAGUUGAGCUUCACAGGAGAGGCAAAAGUAGAAUCUCUCGUAUCUGUGGGGGCAGACGGCAAAGUCAUCAAGUGGGAGGUCUCCAGCGGUGGCGUCAAAGGUUCAGAGCUGAUGGAGCUGAAGAGGAUCAACCAAACAAAGAGGAAGGAUGGAGUGAACACAACAGAAACAACAACAGGAUGUGUGUUUUCUGCUCUGACUCCUGGGCUGUGUUUUGACUUUCACCCCACAGACCCCAGCAUCUAUUUGGUUGGUACAUGGGAAGGACCCAUCCACAAGUGCUCCUGCUCCAACACUCAGCAGGUUUUAAGAACUUACAAGAAACACGUUGGUCCUGUGAACCACAUCUCCUGGUGUCCACUCAACCCUGAUUUGUUCUUGAGCUGUUCCUCUGACUGGACAAUCCAGCUGUGGAAGCAGGACUGCCUGACCCCCAUGUUAGGAUUCAGGUCCACCCACGGGGCUAUAUGGGACAUCAGAUGGUCCCCAAAGUGGGUCUCUGUAUUUGCAACUGUUAAUGAGGCACACAUUGAAAUUUGGGACUUGAAUUCAAGCUGUCUGGUCCCAGUCUUUGUGCGGCCCUCUGCCCCAGGUGUGAAGAUGACAUCCCUGCAGUUUGCUUCACAAACAGACUGUUUAGUGGUUGGAGACACUGACAGCCAGGUGACUGUUUAUCAGCUCAGAAACAUUGGAGUCAAAGGAAUCUGA